AUGGAUAACGUGGAUAUGCCAGAUGAUUGUGCAAAGCAGUGGGAAAUAUUAUUGUUGUUGUUAUCAUCAGAAGAAAAAAAGAUCGAUCGUACCAGUGAAACUGAAGUGGAUACAAUGAACUACUUUUACAAAAAUAAAGGAGUUCGAAAGAUACUUACCCACUGGCUGCAACAGAUGAAAGCCACAUAUGCUAAAAAGACCAGCGACUUAGAUACAGCUUUAAAAUGUAAUGAUGUUUCACUUUUGUGGAGACAAAGAGGAAAUGAUAAAUUUAAAGUAAAUUCUGUGGAAGCAAGCUACAAAUGCUACACAAAUAGUGUUUUAUAUGCUAAACCCAACAGUCUUAUGUAUGCUCUAGCUAUUGCAAAUAGAUCAGCUGCUUUACUAAAAAUGAAAAGAUUUCAGGAAUGCUUAUCAGACAUAAAAAUGGCAAUAACAAAUGGUUACCCUAAGGAACAAUUGUACAAAUUAUAUCUGCGUAGUGCAGACUGUCACAUCGAAUUGCAACAACGAACAGAAGCGCGUGCUUCCCUUGAUGCUGCUAUACGCCAUGCUGAAUCUGCUGGACUCUCUGCUACAAAUGCUUUGGAAUUUGAUCGUCAUAUAAAAAUGCUGGAGAAAAAGUUACAAUCGAUUGAAGAAAAUGAAAUUGCAAAUAAACCAGUAAUUCUGCCAGAAUGCUAUUUGGGAUUGAACUCUAACUUUGCUUCAGCUUCAAAUGCUAUUGAAUUAAGACGCAACGACACAGCGGGCAGGCACGUGGUGGCCAAGGCGGACACACGGCGUGGGGACGUGCUGUUCUCCGAAGAGCCAUACGCCUGGGUCACUCUGCCAACGCCGACCGAAUACGUCUGCGAGAUGUGCUGCAAGAUCGAUAUUAACCCGCUACCAUGCAGUACGUGUUCGCGCGCGGUGUACUGCGGCGAGGCGUGCCGCGCGCGCGCUCACUUCCACCGCUGGGAGUGCUCGGCCGCGCAGUGCGACCUCUUCCGCACCAUCGGCAUCGCGCAUUUAGCUUUGAGGGUUUUACUAAUAAGUACAAGCAACGGUUUCCCGACACCACCCACUCGGCUGCCGACGCCGUGCUCCGCGGCUGAACUGUUCAAGAGCUACUCACAAGUCGACAAAAUCAAGAUAUAUGAAAGAGACACGCCUGCCUUCUACAGGAUGUUCAAUCUUGUCACUAACUUUGACAAAAUGAAUAACACCGAUUACAUACAGUACGCUCUGACAGCAACAAUGUUGACAUUGUACUUGGAACAUUUCACCCUGUUCUUCGAAUUUCUCGCCACGAAGUUGCCUUGCACGCUGCGGGACCACGAGCUCCGGGUGUUUGCUGCGGCCCUGGUCCUGCGCAGCCUCGGCCAGCUCGUGUGUAACGGGCACGCUACUUUGAGCCUUUCUCUUGUUGAAGAAGAGGGUACUAAUGGCCGCACGCUGACUGAGAGGGAAGUGCGUCGAGCUACGGCCAUAUACCCAUCUGCGGCCAUGAUGAACCACUCCUGCGAUCCGAACAUUAUUAAUACGUUCUACAACAGCCGUCUAAUAAUCCGUUGCGCGCGCGAGCUGCCCGCGGGCGCGGAGGUGCUCAACUGCUACGGGCCGCACCGCGCGCGCGAGCCGACGCCGCAGCGCCGCGCGCACCUCCGCGCGCAGUACAUGUUCACGUGCGCGUGCGCCGCGUGCACCGACCACGAGCGGAAGGACUUUGUGUUAUUAUUCAGCGCGUACGCAUGCCAGUCGUGCAAAGGACCGGUGUCCUGGCAGGGUCGCCGGCCGCGCUGCCAGCAGUGCCACACGGAGUUCCAUCCCGAACGAGCUCUAGCUAUCAUAGAUCGAGCUGAAGAACUCACGCAGCAAGCGGAGCGCGCGCCGUCGGUGGAGGCGCGAUGCGCCGCGAUGUGCUCCGCGUACCGUCUCAAGCAGCAGGUGUGGCACAAGCACCACGCCGCGCUGCGUGCCGCCGCCGACCGCCUCGCCAGGCUCUACGCAGACACUGGUGAAUUCGGCAAAAGCGUGGAACUGAUCAAACACAACAUUCAGAGUCUGGAAUAUCAGUUUGGAUCAUUCAGUGUUGAGGUGGCGCAUGAGCUCCGAAAGCUAUCGGAUGUAAUGGUGGAGAGGAUAAUCAACACUCCGCAGCAUGUGGACCACAGAGACUGGUGCCUUGAAGCUCACAAAGUGAUAAAGAAAGCUGUUCAGUUGAUGGAGCUGAACUAUGGCUCGUGGGAGCCGUUAGUGGCUCGUCUGAGGGAGCAGGAGGCUUUCGUGGCCUCACUCCUAGAAGAGACCAGGACGCCCAAUGCCGUGGAUUGUAUACACCACAAUCUACAUUAUAAUCUCAAAAUA